GAGGAGGGAAGGAAAGAAAGGGACACCUUUAAAAGUUGAGCAAGGAACAAAGUGGGGGAAGUUGCCAAAAAAAGGGCUCUGCGUUCAGGCUCGCUGGUAACUUCCCGCUCCAUCCCCUCCCUCUCGCACACAGCACACACACAUACGCUUGUAUUUUGCGCUGUCGUAAAACCCACGUGUCUUUCCCGGAGUCUGCCAGAGCCCAGCAAAGCGCCCGGGCGCGACUGCGAUGCGCAGCCACGGCAGAGGGAGCCCGGCGGCUCGCAGCUAACCGGCCCCGGCACCUGGGCGAGGAUCGCCCCGCUUCCCCGCGGGCAAAGGCCAGAAAACUCUCUCCUUUCAACACUCCUCCGGCCCUAAGGCUCCCGGGACCGCCCGCAUCUCCCCACGCCGACCGCGCCGCAGCCGCCCGGGCGCGCCCCGGCUCAGGCAGAGCGAUGCUGAAGCCCGGCGAUCCCGGCGGAUCCGCGUUCCUGAAGGUGGAUCCCGCCUAUCUGCAGCACUGGCAGCAGCUCUUCCCGCAGAGCGGCCAGCUCAAGAACAGCGGGGCUCUCGCCCAGCUCCCGCCGCCCGAGAGAGCCGAGCCGCCGGCUGACAACCUUCGCCCGCGCCCGGCCUCCCUCUCCUCCGCCUCCUCCUCCUCUUCCUCCUCCACUCCGUCCUCCUCCUCCACCUCCUCCUGCGUCGCCGCGGCGGCCGCUUCACUGGCCGGCCUGACCUCCCUGCCUGUGACCCAGCUGCCGGCCUUCGGGCCGCUGCAGAGCUCCGAGCCCCCGGCCGGCGGAGCGCCCACUCCCCUGCAGGGCAAGGACUUGUGCGGGGCCGGCGGCGGCGGCCAGUGCGGCGAGCGCCCUGUCACCCGCUUCCGCUGCACGGCCGAGGAGCUGGACUACUACCUGUACGGCCAGCAGCGCAUGGACAUCAUCCCCCUGAACCAGCACACCAGUGACCCCAACAACCGAUGUGACAUGUGUGCCGAUAACCGCAAUGGCGAGUGCCCCAUGCACGGGCCCCUCCACUCCCUGCGCCGUCUGGUGGGCACCAGCAGUGCUGCUGCAGCAGCCCCUCCACCUGAGAUCCCAGAGUGGCUCCGGGACCUGCCCCGGGAAGUCUGCCUGUGCACCAGCACAGUGCCUGGCCUGGCCUACGGCAUUUGUGCGGCACAGCGGAUCCAGCAGGGCACCUGGAUUGGGCCCUUUCAGGGAGUCCUGCUCUUGCCAGAGAAGGUUCAAGCAGGAGUCAUCAGGAACACUCAGCAUCUCUGGGAAAUAUAUGACCAAGAUGGGACACUGCAGCACUUUAUUGAUGGUGGAGAACCCAGUAAGUCAAGCUGGAUGAGGUAUAUCCGAUGUGCAAGGCACUGCGGGGAACAGAACUUAACAGUGGUUCAGUACAGGUCAAAUAUAUUCUACCGGGCUUGUAUAGAUAUCCCCAGGGGCACUGAGCUGUUGGUGUGGUACAAUGAUAGCUACACAUCUUUCUUUGGAAUCCCUCUCCAGUGCAUUGCCCAAGAUGAAAACUUGAAUGUCCCUUCGACUGUAAUGGAGGCCAUGUCCAGACAAGACACCCUACAGCCUUUUAAUAAAAGUAGCAAACUAUCCCCUGCCACUCCACAGCGAUCCAUAGUAUUUCCACAGACUCCGUGUAGCAGAAAUUUUUCUCUCCUGGAUAAGUCUGGGUCCAUCGAGUCAGGAUUUAACCAGAUCAGUGUCAAAAACCAACGAGUUCUUGCAAGCCCAACUUCAACAAGCCAACUAAAUUCUGAGUUCAGUGACUGGCAUCUUUGGAAAUGUGGGCAAUGCUUUAAGACUUUCACCCAGCGGAUCCUCUUACAGAUGCAUGUGUGUACGCAGAACCCUGACAGGCCCUACCAGUGUGGUCACUGCUCCCAGUCUUUCUCCCAACCUUCAGAGCUGAGGAACCACGUAGUUACGCACUCCAGUGACAGGCCUUUCAAGUGUGGCUACUGCGGUCGUGCCUUUGCUGGUGCCACUACACUCAACAAUCACAUCCGGACACACACUGGGGAAAAGCCCUUCAAGUGCGAGAGGUGUGAGAGGAGCUUCACACAAGCCACCCAGCUGAGUCGACACCAGAGGAUGCCCAAUGAGUGCAAGCCAAUAACAGAGAGCACAGAAUCAAUUGAAGUGGAUUAACUGAUUGACUGGUUGGAAUUAAACUGCAAGGAAAGUCAUGAUUAAAUGUCACGGACACUUAAGCAAAACCAAAGAUUUCCUCUGAGCAACUUUCAAUCAGUCCCAGAAAACCAAAAGCAGUAAUAAAAUAAGUAAGAUGUUAAGAGAUAUUGAUCCUGGCAUGGAAGUGAGACCAGGAAAGAGAUUAUUUAUUUAUGACUAGGGAUGAGUCUUAUUUCAAUUGACAAGUUACUUGGGACUGUUAACAUUUCGAGUCCCGCCAUGUAUUGCUUUAAUUCUAAAAGCCUUUAUAAUUGUUAUUUAAUGCCAAAGUGAGGAAUCUCAAGGGUUCUUCUGCCCGUAGUUAUGACUGAGAAUGCACAUGGACUUGUUUAUUCUUGCACCUUUUUUGUAGCAUGACUCAAAGGACCCAGAUGUAAUCCGUGUAUUUGGCUGGGCUGGGCUAAGUUGAUCUUGAUGUGGCUAUAAUAGAAAUUGCUGUGUGGGAUAGGAAGUGAUCAAAAGCUAUAUCUGGGUCAGUGUCAGCCUCCUCAGACCAAAGGGCAUUUCAUUUCCAUAGUCUCAUGCCUCACACUGUGUGCACUUUUUCAUGCAAGUAGUUUCAUUCAACAGCAUUGCAUUUGCAUAGACAUUCUAGGAAAAAAAAAAAAGAAAAAAAGGGGUAAAAAAAAGGAAUGUUGUAUAUCUGCAAAUAUACAUUAUAUAAGGAAGCCAGUAGGAAAACUAUGUUAAACUAAUAGAGGUCUCAAAUUCAGUCUAAUAGCUAUGAAAGACAGAGAUGGUAGAAACUAUUUUAAAUGUUUAAGAUUCCAGUCUAUGUGUAAGUCAUAUUUUGAGGAGCAAAAACCAAGGUGAUGCUUUUUGUUUGGGUAAUUGAUUUAAUGGCUUGCUGAUUACUAGGAAAACUGAUAAGAAAUCCAAGCUGUAGUCCAUUGGCAUUUCUAGUCUGUUGGUUUGGAUCAAAUUGAAAAUGCUCCUGUAUUAGAUGAAACUUUGAACAUACUUGGACUGAGCUUCAAAACAAAAGCUAUAUCUGAACUCAGUUACUUUGUAAAUGGCUUGGAGGCUUCAUAAUAUUCACUUCAUGGAAAUUUGCCUGGUACAGUUGUGAAUGAAAAGAAGCCAAAAUAUUCCCAACACCAAUGUAAAAAGCUCAGAUGUCAUUACGUUGGUUCAAUAUAACAAUUUCCAUAUUGGCUUUUUUCAAGCUUUUAUCCUUGAUGUAUUUCAGAUUUCAUGAUUUUGUCUAACCAAAGAAUGGUUUUCACUUUUAGAGACCAGCAGUGUUUGUUUAUAUAUUGAUUGUCUUAAUGCUAGAGCUGUAGUUUAAUAAAAAUGUAAAAAAGACACAAAAAAAAAAAAAAACAAAACACAAAACAAAACAAAAAAAACCAACAACCAAACCCAAAGCCAACAAGAAGCAAAACCUAAAGAGUUCUGAGGUCAUGCUAUAUCAUAAGGUAAAACUGCAAAAUAAAUUUGUGGAGUUUAUGGGGAUUAAAACAGAUUCAUUCAGUUUUGCACCAAAACUGAAGUGCUGGGUGGCUCAUAAGGGCUCAGUUGAUUAUAUUAAAUAUUUUAAAAGCAUUUAUGGGGAUGAUUUUAAAUAUGUAGAGAUUUAAGUAUCCAAUUCUGUAAAGGGCUAGACAGAAUCAGCUACAAAUUCAGACCAUUUAUGAAUUCUGCAAAAAGCUUAAGCAGAAAAAGAGCAUACAGUAAAAUUCAAAUACAUUUAAAAGGAAUUUAAAUCUAAGGCAUCCUUACUUCAGGAUGUGUGUUUAUUAUAUUGCAGAAACUAUGCUGCAGAAUCUGGAUUUUCCAAAGCCUUGCAGGGAAUUACUUCAGGAGUUACUGUAUUUGUGUUUGGCCAUCAAAAAUGUAAAACAUUGUGGAAAAAAAGAUUUUUUAAAUAAUUUUUUUAACAAGGACCACAUUAUGUCAUAAAGAGGCUUUGGCCCCGGGAGUUUUUCAGCUCUGUUUCUCAGUACAGAGAUACAGGGAGUGAACAAUUCAGUUGCCACUUGCCUGAUUUUAUCCUCCAAGCUAUGAGAUUCUUAGCUACUAUAUAAAUGUGUUUGGUUUUUUGUUUGUUUGUUUGUUUGUUUUUUAGGUUCAAAGAAGCAUGGGAAGCUGGGUAGGAAGAAUUGCCACUUAAAGGUGACUAAUUGAACACUGUUUUGUUCCUAGCAAGGCUGAUCAAACAGAAAAAACCCAAAAUCUGGACCUAAACCUUUCAAACCCUUAUGCCUGGUAGUUUACACCUUUCCUUAUUUAAGAGACUAAAUGUAAAGUAACAUCUUGCUGGGGUGCCAGCUUUUAGUUAACAUUUGAACAGCAGCUGUAGAUCGUUUCUUCAAGCAAAUAGAUAUUCUCACAAAAAAAAAAAAAAAGAAAAAGAAAAGAAAACUAAACCAAAACCAACCCACCCAAAAGCAGAAAUUUAUAGACUAAUUGGGAAAAGAGAUAUGUUGUGCUCUGAAAAGCAAAUGCGAGCUAUCUGUUAGAUCACUGACUUGUGCUGUUGUGUUAUCUAACUGUGCUCUCCUGUUCAGGGAUUCAGGGAUGUGCUUAGCAGUAGUGCAGAGCACUCAGCCUCUUGCAGAAAGGGAUUUAUAUCUGGAUCUUACAAUGCAAAUAGCACGUAAGUAUGUGCUUACAGAUAUUGCAAGUUCUCUGCUGAAUAGAUAGGCUUUCUAUUAUGUUUUUAAUUAAACAUGUGUCUAAAUUUUCUCCUGAAUGGGUGUGAAGUAAAGAUAACUUACUUCAAGAUUUUACUGGAUUUUUAAAAAAUGCCCCGGAGUAGGAUUUCUGCAGAACUUACUUUUUUUCUUCCAAAUAAUUCUUUCUUGUGUAAAUCACUCUAUUGUGCCUGCUGCCUAAGCACAGUUUCAGUUAUUGUAUUAUUUUAUACAUGGCACUUUCACAACAGAUUUGGCAGCAUACAGAAGCAAUUCAGUGAAAACCCGUGAUUUCAUGGUGGGUUUUUCUUGAGUACAACAUUUGGUAUUCUGUUACAAUAUAGCAAAUGUAAAACUAACAUGGACAAGCUAAAAUACAUCCUAGGUUUGGACUAAACAGAAUCUAGUUUCUGUCUGCACUUCCCUAAUGCUGAGUGAGUUUCUGUUCAUGUAUUGACAGAACAACCAUACAUUUAGGUCUAUUAUGAAUACAGUAUGUGUUUGCACACAGUAAACUGAAGCAGUGAGUGUAGUACAAUUAUCUUAAAUGUAGUGAUUAUGUGCCUGCCUUUUCAGAAUUUCUGAAGCACUUGGCAUCUCUGUUUUGUAGUCUGGUAAAUAAAUACAAGCUUGGGUUUUUAAUUAUUUUUUUUUGUCCAACCCUGAGCACGUUGGAACUCAUAUUUAAAAGUUGUGCCUAGUUCUGAUUUUUUUUCCAGUGUGAAAUUUAAUAUACAUUCAUAGAGUUAUUCCUUUAGGUCCUUUUUGAACUUGCAGUUAUAGACCCCAGAUAUGAUGUUUUUAAAUACAAUUUGAUUGUCUUCCAUGAAAGAAAGCUGAGUUGAGAAUAAUGUAAUAAUCACAGCACAUUAGAUACUAGAAACUUACAAGCAAUGAUGUGUAUAUCUUUUCUUUUGGUAACAUCAUCUUUUAAUUACUAUUUAUUAUUCAUAUGGUGCCACUACAUUAUGUGAUGCUGUCCUGACUAUAUGAUGUGAUUUCAGAUUAAUAAAUAGGUGAAAGUCCAAAAGUAAGUCCUCAUUGCUUUUGAGAGUCAUUAACUGCUAUGACUUUUUUUUUAAAGUUAUGGUUAGAGCACUCUUCCAUCCAAGUGCUUUUUUAAUAUUUUGUCUAGAUUUUGGAAGUUUUGACAUCAUCAAACCAAUCUGAAAAAGUGCAUAAAUCCACCCAAUAGAUGUAGAGUAUGCUGAAGGGGUCCUCUGUUGUAAUAAAAAUAUUAAUGACACUGUAAUUAGAAAGGUAAACAACUUGCUUGCAUUUUUUAAACUUCAUGAAAUUGCAUCUUUUUUACUGCAAAGGACCAAUUAAGUCAUGCAUGUAGCUGUAUUCUUGUGAUAUCAACUGUAAAGAUUACAUUGUGUUUAAAUGAAAAUACCAGGCACACAUUUAAAAAGAAGACGAAGAAAUGUAAAUAUAUUUGAUUAAUAAAACAUUUCUAUUACCAUA